AUGCCUCAGACUCCUUCUGUGACAGGAAAACGAUUCAGUUGUGAAUAUGCAGCUAUCCUUGGAGAUUUUGAUCUUCUUAGUGGGGAUACUGCUCUUGAUAUGGCAGUAGAAGGUCUCCUGCCUCCUGCCUACGUGGUACCGAUGUCUGAAAAUCACUAUCUCGAAGGUCUUACAUUAAUAGCGAAUGUUCGCAGCUUGUGGCCAACUCAGAAAAUUCUUGUAUACGAUCUAGGACUGGAGAAAACGUCUGCAAAACAAUUGAGCGAAAAAUGCUUGGUGGAGCUGCGCAAAUUUCCCUUUGACAAAUUCCCGUACUAUGUGAAAAAUCUUCGUGAGUACAGAUGGAAGCCUCUUUUGAUAGCGAUGCUUCUGAAGGAAUUCGGAGCAUUAUGGUAUAUGGAUGCAUCGGUACGAUGGAAGAAAGAUCGUCGUGAAACUGUGUAUAAAGAAAUUACAUGCCGUCGAAAAACAGGAGCGUACAUAUAUCUCCCAAGUGAUCCUGAAGCGAUCAAAACAACAAAAUGUUGUGCUGCCACAUUCGCUUUUGCUGUAAGGACAGCCGACACGAUGGAACUAAUGAAAUGGAAUGUCUUGUGUGCUCUUGAAAAGAACUGUAUGGCACCUCGGCAUUCAAAAAUUCCCUGCCAUUUUACAAAAGAUAGAAUGAAAGAUUAUGCAUAUUGUCACAGGUUUGACCAAUCUGUGAUUAACAUACUUUUGGGGAAUUCCUAUGGGUUUGACACGAAAAAGUACAUAAGUUCACUUGGAAGAGAAGCAUUUGAUUGCCAUCAAAAAGCCAUUCCUUUAUCAGAAACAGACUUCUCCUGCAUUCCUAUAAAUCAAAAAGAUAAGGUUUUGGCGCUGAUUAAUUCCCGGUUGGUGUCCGUCGCAGCGUUCGUCAUCAAUUCAGAAUCGUUUGGCUUAUUAAAGCAUAUGCAUAGAGUAUGCGAUGACUUGCAUAGGUCAACCGAUCAAAAAAGAAAGAUAGAGGAGUGUGACUCAUUUUGCGUAGUUGCUUGUUGGUUCAAAGCCGAGAUGAAUAUCGAGGAUCUUGCUAAAGAUGGAGAAAAAGGAAAGCCGUUAAAAAAGAAAGGCUACGAUGAUGUUGAAAUAAGUGACUUGUCAGGCGGUGAAUCAGAAAAGUCAAAAGGAAAGAGCAAAGAAAAGGGUUCUAAAGAAAAGGUAGACAAAGGAAGCGCGGAGAAGAAAGAAGAAGGAGCAGAUAAAGAGAAAAAGGAAAAAGAGAAGUCAGUAGUCAAGAAGGAAGAAGAUAAGAGCAAGGAGAAGAAGGAAAAAACAAAGUCAACAUCUCCAAAAACGAAAAAAACAGAAAAAAAGGAAGUUGAAGGAGAAAAACCUAAAGAAGUAGAAAAAGCAAAAGAAAAGGCGGUAAAAACACCACAAAAGACAGGAGAGAAAGUGGACAAAGAAAAAUCGGGCGAAAAAACGGGGGAAAAAUCGGGCGACAAAUCAGCAGAGAAGUCGGCAGAAGCGAAAAAACCAGAAACACAGCCCGAGCAGAAGAAGGAACCGAGUCAAGAGGGAGUAAUGGCCCUGUCAAAAAUAGCCGACCGGGCAGCAUUUGCUAAGCCAGUUCCUGCUCGAAGAAAGAAACGAAGAUGCUGUUCUAUUCUCUGA